AUGGCAAAUACCAGGGCUGGUGGUGGUGGUGGUCCCAAUGGCGCCGGCGCCGGCCAGACACCACUGCCGCACAUAGACGACCUCACCUCACCUUCGGUCGACAUCGACAUGAGUCUUCCCAUGCGCAAGAUUCUAGAACGCGUGGAUACUCUCCUUCGGCAAGCCGAAGCCGAUCGCGACUUUGGCCGACCCGACCGUGCGCUGAGAGGAUAUAUAGAAGCAUCCGUGAUUGCCAUCCGAAUGAUUCCCACUCAUCCGGAAUACGUCUCGCUACAACUAGAACGGUCCGACCUAAAGCGCCUAUAUUCGAGCAUUAAUAAACGAAUCGGAGAUCAGUAUGAUAGCUUUGAGAGGUUCAAGGCGAAGAUCAAAGCGGAUAAUGAAAGAACGGGAGUCCAGCCUACCGUGAGGAAGCAGCAUUGGCCGGGCCAUGCAGAUAAGGAGCAAUCCAUGGCACAUCGUCCGCCCACGGCGACAGGGAAUCUCAAGUCGAAACCCACGGUCCACCCAAAGCCUCGCGCUCUACACGGUAGCGCUAUUCGCCCCGGCUCGGCAUCUGGACUGCCUGCUCACAAGAACGGCGACGACCUGAUUGCGCGCUUCUCCAACCUGCGAGGUCCUGCUGCAUUUCCCGGGCAGGAUCCACGUAUUCGGACUCACCCCCCGAAGACCACCUCUGCAAACCGGCCCUCCACCGACGCGAGCAUUCCCACAAGCAUACCAGGGCUGCCGAAAGCUCCCGAUGCCAUUUACAGCCCGGCAAGAGGGACGCUUACUGAGACAGCAGCAUCGCUCCCGACAAGCACGCGUGGUGGCCUUUUCACACGGACCCCGUCGUCAACGCCCGCGAUACCGAUGUCACCAAAUUCUAGGUCAACUUAUGAAGACUACUUCACCGCGCCAUCGGGCUCCAGUAGGCCGUCUUUCGAGAUCCCAGAUGGUGACGGGAUCACUCCUGAGGAUCUCAUCGAGGUAAUGCAGAAGCACGCAAGGAUACUACUGAUCGAUAUACGUGACCGGGAGGAGUUCAAUAAAGGGCACAUCAAUUGGCAGACGGUCAUCUGCAUCGAACCUCCAAUACUCCUCCGCGAUGGUGUUACUUCUGACAGCAUCGAAGAGAGCAUGAUUAUUGCGCCCCGCCAAGAAAAGGAGUAUUUUGACCGGCGGGACAAGUUCGAUCUCAUUGUUUUUUACGAUUGGGAUUCUACGGCCUUGCCUCAAUACAUUGGCCAGUCGGGUAACAGCGCCCUGUUGUCACUCCAGCGUGCUCUGACCACGUUGAGCUUUGGAAAAGAGCUUCAGGGACACCCCAGAUUUCUCAAAGGGGGCCUAAAGGCAUGGCUUGAUGUCCUGGGGCCGCAUUGCCUGCAGCCGUCUCCAGGACACGAGGUGUCCCACUCCCCGGUGUCAUCUAAGAAGUCGGGAUUGCGACCCAUUGUCAAGUACAAGCCUUCGAACCUCGAUCCAGAUCAGUUGCAUGAUUGGGAGGACAAGGUCAAGCUUGGGAGUCAGAAACCAGACGCCGAAGAUGCUGGCUACGUGCAUAACCUGCAAGAAUUCCACAAGAAGUUCCCACCGGCAGAGCCUCAGUCCAUGGUAUCCCCACCAGCACCUCCCGAACCUCCUAAAAAGGACCAACCUUCGGUUGCUCCACCCGGGAAGGGGGUAAGCCCUCCUCUAGUUCCCCCGCUGCCUACUCAGCCAACGCUGCCCAAGCCAGCCGUGCCGAAGACCACGGUAAGCGGGCUGUACGAUGGGAACGACGGGUCAAGCUUCGGAACCACGUCGAAAUCGACCAAGCUACCGGGCACCAAGGCUAGCGAGCGGCGCAUUACCGGGCUGUACAACCCUCACAACUGGUGCUACGCAAAUAGCACCAUCCAGUCUCUGAGGAUAUCGCCCGGAUUCGGCAGGGAGCUUGCGACCAGGGAAUGGGAGACGUUGUAUCAGAUUCCGAGACGGAAAGACGAAAAGUCAGACAGCCCUCGACUGAUGGUGCGAAUCGUCGCAAAUUUGUUCCAUUGGAUGGCGGAGGGUAGCUUUCCUGUGAUGAAAGCGCAAACAUUGAUGGACUACUCACUCUCACUGUGCAAAACUCCGAACGGGUCGGCAGGCCAACAGCAGUUCGGAGGCAACCAGCAGCAGGAUGCCCAGGAGUUUAUCUCAUUUCUCAUGGACGCUCUUCAUGAGGAGACGAACACAAGGAGAGACCAGACUGUGAACGACGACAACAUGAACAACAACAUAUCCGGCAUGAAUUCCAAGUCGCUUCUGCAGGGCGCACACGAGUGGUGGGAGAACCAUUCCAAGACCAAUCGCUCGAUCGUCGACCGCUACUGGCGCAACCUCGAGGUCCAGAUCACCACAUGCACGAGGUGCUCAAGCAGAUCCUAUCGGUGGGCGCCCGCCGAAAUGGUCGUUGCCACGAUCAGCGCCAAGUCGACGUCCACCUUGGAGACUUGCUUGUCGACCUCCAUGGCACCCGAGGUCUUGGACGACUACCAGUGCGACAAAUGCAAGGGCAAGCACGAGGCGAGGCUGGAGCGCAAGCUUGCCCGGCUGCCGGAGCUUCUCUGCAUCCACCUCAACCGGUUCACGUACGGCGGCGGCGGGGUGCAGAAGAACUGCAGCAAGGUCACCUGGGAUUUCAACAGCCUCAACAUGGAGCCCUUCUUCAUCCCGCGCGAGGAUCGCAAGCUGCCGGCCGGGAUGGAGACGGGACCGGCCUUCCAGGCGCCCUUCGCGUACGAAUGCUACGCGGUGGUGACACACGCCGGCGCGACGCUGCAUUCGGGACAUUACUACACCUAUGUGCGAGCGCCCAACAGCCCCGACUGGUAUCAUCUGAACGAUUCCGUGGUGAAGAAGCUUGCUGGCGGGCCCAGUCCGAGAAUCUACGGGUAUGGCGACGCCGUGCCCUAUCUUGCUUUCUUCAGGAGGAAACAGCCAGGAUCCUCGGGAAGCUGA